UUGUGGAUGGAAGUCAUACAAAAUGCAGUUUAGAAAGUAUGUUAUUGGACGUGCGGAAAGGUUGAUAGACAUCAUUCCACCAAAGUCGAAUCAAGAACCAAGGAGACAUAUCCACUUUAAAGUUGAAGGUGGUAGACACGAAAUUGUUAUUCUAUGCGGAGAGCACGCAGAGAAUUUUGAUGCGGAAGGCCAUCAUCCAGCCACUUCUAAAGAUAGCAUAAUUCAGCUAUUAUUCCUAGCUAGGCAUAAUGGUUUCCCAUUUUUCAGGAGUGAUAGCUUUCAAAAAUACUUAUAUGUUGUGUUGACACGUCAACAUACCAAUUUCUAA